AUGAAGAUCACAAUAAGAUUGACCCGACUGAAAGUCCUGGGAGCGUCCUCUGCUGACGAGCCUCCGGUGCAGGUCCUGGCCCUCGCUGGUCCUGGCUCCUUCACCAUCCUUCCCUGCAGCGCCCGCCGUGACCUCUCGCUGCACAACGACCUUCCCACGGUGGAGUGGUCCAAGCGGGGGCUGGCGUCCCCUCCGUACGUGUUCGUGUACCGGCAGGGCUUCGAGGUGGUGGAGGAGAGGAACCCGCAAUUCCAGUUCAGGGCGCAUCUGUUCACGGAGCAGCUGUUGACGGGAAACUUCUCCCUCAGGAUCUCGGAACUCACGCACCAUGACGCCGGCGAGUACCUCUGCAAGACCAUCUGGGACAAAGACACACACGACGUCCAGCGAGUCCAUCUCUCCGUCGAGAUGAUGAGCUCGACAGUGAGGCUCUAUCCCCUCAACGCACGGAACAUGUCGCUUGGAUUUAAGAUUCAGAGCUCCUCUUCCGAGAACUAUGACAAUGAUUGUCUAUGCCUGUUAUGA